UCAGACUCUUGUAGAGGGAACCGAGCUGGUUUGAAUGGAUUUUUGAUGGAACCACUAACUUUGAGCAGCCACUUCACACCAGCACAACCAUUUAACUGAUUGCUUUCCCAACUAUAGUUUAAAGGAUUUUUCUGAAAAAAAACAAAUCACCUGAGGCAGAAGUCAGACAUCACCGGCGCAGUGUGCGUGUGAAUAGUAACAUCAUUAAGAGCCUAUCAACUCUACUUUAACAUUACAGCAAAACAGAGGCAGAAGUGCUCAAAUAUACCGCGAUGCUUUGACAGUCACAGUAAGGGAAGGUCAUAGUAUUUCUCAGUGUUCCUAAUGGAGAAUGAGACGUCAGCAGCCUCAGGCUAUGUUCCACAUUAUCUUCUUCGAGGAGAUCCCUUUGCAUCCAAGCUGUCUAAGGAAGCCGACAUAGUGGCUGCGUUGUACAUCCUUAUUGUUGGUAUCUUGGGUGCCACUGGAAAUGGUUAUGUCAUCUAUAAGACCAUCACACGAAAAAACAAGUUAAAGCCGCCAGAGUUCAUGACACUGAAUCUCGCUGUACUUGACUUUGGCAUAUCAGUCUUUGGAAAGCCAUUUUUCCUGGUGUCUAGUUUUUCUCACCGUUGGCUCUUCGGCUGGGUCGGGUGCCGCUUCUAUGGCUGGACCGGCUUUUUCUUCGGAUGUGGAAGUCUCAUAACGAUGACAAUCGUCAGCUUAGACCGCUACUUGAAAAUCUGUCAUUUAAGAUAUGGAACAUGGUUCAAGCGGAGCCACGCUAUUCUCCUUGUGCUGUUCACUUGGUUUUACGGUGCAUUCUGGGCCACCAUGCCUCUGUUGGGAUGGGGUAACUAUGCACCCGAACCGUUUGGCACGUCCUGUACUCUGGACUGGUGGCUGGCCCAGGCCUCGGUGUCCGGACAGAGCUUUGUUAUGUGCAUGCUCAUCUUCUGCCUUGUCCUCCCCACCGGCAUUAUCGUCUUCUCUUAUGUCAUGAUCAUAUUCAAGGUGAAGUCAUCAGCUAAAGAAAUCUCUCAUUUUGACACACGGAAUAAGAACAACAACAACCUGGAAAUGAAGUUGACUAAGGUGGCGAUGUUGAUCUGUGCAGGAUUUUUAAUAGCUUGGAUCCCUUAUGCUGUGGUGUCAGUGGUGUCUGCUUUUGGAGAGCCUGAUACAGUGCCUAUUACAAUAUCCGUUGUACCAACUCUGCUUGCCAAAUCUGCUGCCAUGUACAAUCCAAUCAUCUAUCAGGUCAUCGACUGCAAAAAGAAAUGUGCAGAGUCUUUCUGCUUUCAAUCUUGGAAUAAAAAAAGGAAAAAUUACACGUCCUCGAGGUUCUACACCAUCCCUGCAUCCCUGAAGGAGACACCAGCUCAUGAAGUUCAAAUGGAGAUAUAAGGAAAUAACCGAAACUCACAACAGGCUUGUGAAAGGACACUGCGCAACAUUCAUUAUGAUCCUACAAUUCAGACAUCAAUGAUUUCCAUCCUUAACUUCACUGAUGUAAUCCACUAUACUGCUCUCAAUAGAAGAAUUAAGAGGUAAAGAUGUGUAUUUUUAUCAUUUGUAUAAUUAUUUUAAGUUAAAGCACUGCAUAUUUACAGAACCACAAAACAAAUCAAUAGAGGAACUGCUUCAAAUAGCUAAUGUACAGUAGUAUGACAGAUCAAAACAAAUGCUAGUCUCUGUUCAGUAUAACAUGGCUCAUUAAUAUUUUUAUACACUGAGUAAACAUAAUGAAAACUGACCACACACAUCAGCAUGUUUAUUUACACAUAUACAACUGAAAAUAUGUCUGUACUUUGUGACACUGGAUAUAGCACUUAUGUAUUGAAAGCCUUUUGCGUUAGCAUUGAGAAGCUGGGUCAUGUGCAAUGAUUAUACAUACAGUAUCAUUUUAAAGGUAUCUCCAAAAUUCAGUAUGUAAUCUUGAGGAUUUUUAAACAUAUGAUCUUUUUAAACGUAUUAGUUCUUAAUAAGCCACAUAAAAGCUGACAGUCCCUUUACUGUCAAAUGUUAACGUAUAUGGUACAGAUAAGUUGUUGAGAGUGUGCGGAUGAAAGUUUCUAAAACAUACAACAGAGAUUUUAGCUAAUGGAAGUCGUGAAGCAAUACAAGCACAAGGUUAAGGGUACAUUUUCUUGAAAAUAACUGAGAGACCCACUUACCUCUACAAAUUGGAUCUCCAAGGGCUUUUAGUGAACUUGUACUCCAUCAUGUAAUCUGUUUAAGAACCUUGUAUGAACACUCAGGCCCGGUUUUAUUGAUAAGGCUUAGGUCUAGUCCUAGACCAAAAUAAGACAUUGUCCUCACAAUUUGCACUGACAUCUUAAUGUUAUUGUUUUGUCUCAUGAUGCACACCACAGAUGCUAUUUUUCUAAGGCACAUUUAUAACAGCUAUUUUAAUAUCUUUAUUUAACUAAAGCUUACUUCUGGCCUAAUCUAAGCCUUGUCUAUAAAAAACAAGUCACAGUGUAUUAGAUCCCAUUGACAAACAGUAGAAUAAACUUUGUUGUGAGACCACUUAAAGUCCCUAUGAAAUGAAAACUGACAAUUUUUACUUUUUAAUGAAAUAGUGCAUUGUUUAUUAUAAACAAU